GGAGUUUGGUGGAGAGAGAAAAAUCUCUUUACAACGUCACUCUGGUUUUCGAAGCUACUGGUACAUUCCAUUAUCACUAGAGAAAGUAUAGUGAACUCAAACUUGAGGAUGACAACAAACCAAUAAACCAAACUAAAAACCCUUUAGUUUCCAAUUCUGUUGAAAUAUACCAAACAUGGCCUUACCAAUCCCAGCACAGCUCUUGCUCGAGCCACCCAAUUAUGGAGUUUUGCAAACCCCUGGAGGAGUUAUUAGUGUCACAGUUAGAACAAGAAAAGCUAAUAAUUCCAACUUGUGUUUUUAUAAUGGAGACAACCCUAGGUUGUAUUCAGGUCUCACAAGGACAAGGGCGGCCUGCAGUGAUGGAGGGGGUGAAGUUUAUGUUAACCCUCACCAGGAUGUUGAUAUGUUAAAGGAUAGCUCAUCUAACACAGGUGACGGUUACAUUGCCUUGUUUGUUCGGAUGCUUGGUUUGGACUAUGACCCUCUAGAUAGAGAACAGACAGUCAUUGCUCUCUGGAAGUAUUCACUUGGAGGGAAGCAGUGUGUUGAUAUGUUAAUGCAGUUCCGGGGUUCUGUUAAUCUGGCUGUGAACCUUCUAAGGUCUGAGUCUGAUGCUGCUUGUGAAGCAGCUGCUGGUCUUUUGAGGAUGAUAUCCUCAGUGAAUAUGUACAGAGAGCUUGUGGCAGAUAGUGGUGCAAUAGAAGAGAUAAACGGCCUCUUGAGACGUUCUUCCCUCUCCCCAAAUGUGAAGGAGCCAAGCUUAUGUUCAUUAUGGAAUUUAUCUGUGGAUGAGAAACUCAGAAACAAAAUUGCCAACUCUGAUCUCCUGCCUUUACUGUUAAAGUUCCUGGAGGAUGAAGAAGUGAAAGUGAAGGAGGCAGCUACAAGGGUUUUGGCUAAUUUAGCAUUGACUGUUUCUAAUCACAAGAAUAUGGUUGAAGCAGGUGUCAUCCCAAAACUGGCAAUGCUCUUGAAAACUGAGGUGGAGGGAUCUAAGGUCAUUAAAAAAGAAGCGAGGAAUGCGUUGCUGGAACUUGCGAAAGAUGAGUACAGCUAGAUUCUUAUCAUGGAGGAAGAUCUUC